AUGGGCACCAGCACCAGCACCGUCCUAGUGGAAAAGAGCUACAAGGAUACAAUUCAAAACUUCCACUGCUAUGCUGAUGACACACAGUUGUAUGUCUCAGCGAAGCCAGACGAGAGACACCAGCUUAACAAAAUUGAGGAAUGUCUAAAGGAUAUUAGACACUGGAUGCUUACUAAUUUCCUCUCACUUAACUCUGAAAAGACAGAAGUACUUGUACUAGGAACACGUGCAGCUAGGAGCAAGCUUUCCGAUCGCAUAGUAACUCUGGAUGGCCUUUCUUUUUCAUCAUGUGCAGCAGUAAAAGACCUUGGUGUAAUUAUUGACUCCAGUCUUUCAAUUGAAGCUCAUGUAGAUAACAUUACCAGGUUAGCCUUCUUUCAUGUUAGAAAUAUUAACAGGAUAAGAAAUGCAUUGUCAUUUAAAGAUGCUGAAAAGUUGGUUCAUGCUUUCAUUACCUCUAGGUUAGACUAUUGUAAUGCCUUACUGUCUGGAUGUUCUAAUAGGUGUAUAAAUAAGCUGCAGUUAGUUCAGAAUGCAGCAGCCAGAGUUCUUACUAGAACCAAAAGAUAUGACCACAUCACUCCUAUCUUAUCCACGCUGCACUGGCUCCCAGUCAAAUCUCGUAUUGAUUAUAAAAUCUUACUAUUAAACUAUAGAGCGCUAAAUGGUCUUGCGCCACAGUACCUGCGCGAACUCCUGGUCUUUUAUGAUCCACCACGCCUACUUAGAUCAAAAGGUGCAGGGCAUUUGUUGGUACCUCGAGUUGUGACAGCUACAGCAGGGGGCAGAGCCUUCUCUUACAGAGCCCCACAGUUAUGGAACAGCCUCCCAAUUAAUGUUCGAGACUCAGUCUCUAUGUUUAAGUCAAGGCUGAAAACUUAUCUGUUUAGCCAAGUACUCGGAGUGAAGGACCAGUGUUUCCAGUAUGUACAGAGAAUCUUUGAACUUGAUGCAAUGUGUCAGCCCCGUGAGUACAUCCUUGUUGAUGAGGCAGGGUUUAACCUCACAACAAGGCGCAGAAGGGGACAGAACAUCAUUGGUCACUGUGCUGUAGUGGAAGUUCCUGACCAGAGAGGAGGCAACGUGACUGUGUGCUGCAAUCAGUAA